GUUGCCAUUGCUUACAUCACAUACCGCAUCGUUUCCCAUCUUCAGCAUCCUCUUUACAGAUUUCCCGGACCAUUCCUUGCAUCUUUCAGCAGCAUCCCACAUUGUCUGAGCUUUCUUGGAGGCAGACAACCAUACGAUCGUCUCGCGCUCCACGAAAAGUAUGGACCGAUAGUUCGGACCUCACCAAAUGAGCUCUCGUUCAGCAGUUCCCAAUCAUGGAAGNNGGACAUUUACGGCUCAAGACCAGGACACCAACUUUUCCGCAAAAGUCCUUUCUAUGAAGGUGCGAGCUUUGAUGGAAAAACACUGUCGAUCAUCAGCGAAACGGAUCCAGCGAGCCAUAAGAAGAUGCGAGCACAACUUAGCAAUGCGUUUUCAGACAGGAGUCUUCGUGAUCAAGAAAGUCUUAUUACCGAACCUAUUGACUUGUUUAUUGACCAGAUUGGCGCAAAGGGGGAUUGUCCACAAGGCAUUGAUAUUGUUAUGUGGUUUAACCUGAUGACUUUUGAUAUCAUUGGCAGUCUAGCGUUUGGCGAGUCCUUUGGAGGUUUGGAGUCCGCAGAGUUCCAUGAGUGGAUCCAACUGGCUGUUGGGUCUAUGAAACAAGGAGCAUUGGGAGACUCUCUGGGUCGUUAUCCUACUGUCGCAGCUCUUGUGAAGAAGCUCUUUCCUGGCAUGAUUGACAAGAUCCUUCAGGAUACUCACAAGCAUGAAGCACACACGAAGGAUCUUGUGAGAAGACGCUUGACGAAAGACUCACAUCGACCAGACUUCUUGACGCGGAUUAUUGAAGAACGUGAAGCACACGGUAUCUCUGAGUCGCAGAUCGCCGCUCAUUCCUCCGACUUCAUCGAAACAACCGCAACCACACUGUCUUGUGCCACAUACUAUCUUCUGCGUGAUCCUGAGCUGUACGAAAAGCUGCGCAAAGAGAUUCGCAGCGCUUUUCCNAGCUACGAAGAGAUCAACUCUGCUUCAGCUUCGAAACUCAAGCUUGUCAAUGCGAUCUGUCUCGAAGCUAUGCGCAUGUAUCCACCACUUCCGUUUGCUUUGCCUCGAGUAGUCCCCCAAGGAGGAGAUACUGUAGACGGACAUAUGCUCCCUGAAGGUGUAAGUCGAGCAUCAAAUUCUGAUUCUAGCAUUCUUGACGCUGAUGACAUCUGCAAAACUACANNGAUCACUGUAUCGACAAAUCCAUUCGCUGCUUCCAUGUCCUCGGCCAACUUCAGAGACCCCUUUAGAUUUGUACCUGAGCGCUGGUUAGGCAAUAACGAGCAAGAUGAUCUUGAAGCAACCCAGCCUUUCUCGUAUGGCCCGCGUGUUUGCAUGGGACGGAACCUGGCAUGGGCAGAGCUAAACCUUACAAUGUGCAAAUUGCAUUACAAGUACGAUCUAGAACUUGUCAAUACUCAUCUGGAUUGGCACGGAGACUCGAAGAUGCAUAUUGUGUGGCAUAAACCGGCGAUAAUGGUUCGUGUCAGAGCCCGAUUAGACUAG